AAAGGGUUUGUAGAUCUUACAACACUUCUGAGACUGCAAAAGUUACCGAUUACAAAGUAGAUGGAAGGGACUACGUGUAUAUGCUUUUUAACGAGCACUGCCUGACUGGAAACUGUUUUGUAUCGUGUACAAUUUCUUGGAAUGGAUCUUUACGCAGAGUCGCAGUUGUUUGCUAGAAGGGGUUAAAAGUUUUGCAGCUGUAACCGAGAGUUCUUUUCUUCCUGGCACAGCAUGUGGGAUAAUGAAGAAGUGUCUUAAGGGGUCUCAUUUUGGUUUGAAGAUGCUUGGAUUUUCAUGCAGGCGUUGGAGCGCCUGAAGUCGGAGCCUGGUGUGUGGAGGGCCCUCUGGUUUACUCAGGGGAGCUAGCUGAAGUGGAAAGUUGCACAUCUAGGCUGAAGUCCCUGUUUUCGUUUCAUGCUCCUUCAGAGACUUUCUGAUGGGAUUAGCGUCCAGAUGGGGUUCGAGUGGAGGACAAGGAACUGGCACUGAAAGGAUGUCUAGCUGGACUUUUUUUAUGUGCUUUGCCGUGGUUACCAUGGCCACACUUACCUUAGCUCAUGCGCCAUAUAUUUUACAAGAUGAAACCACAACAGAGCCUGAAGAACUGCCUGCAAAACACCAAAUACCUCCACCAGAAGUUUACACAGUUCACCCAGGAGAGUCAUUGCAAUUGCAUUGUCUGUUGAAAGAGGCCACGAUGAUCAGUUGGACUAAAGAUGGGUCUCAAUUGGGAUCCAGUAAUAGGACAAUUAUUAUCGGGGACUAUUUACAGAUAAAAGAUGCCACGGCCAGGGACACGGGUACCUAUACGUGUUCAGCUGCUAGAACAGUAGGCAGUGCUACUAUGUACUUCAUUGUAAAUGUAACAGAUGCAAGCUCAUCAGGGGACGAUGAAGAUGACAAUGACGCAUCAGAGGACAUCAGCGACAACCAUCGAAACAAUGGCCCAUACUGGACGUCACUUGCAAAGAUGGAAAAGAAACUCCAUGCAGUACCAGCAGCAAAUACAGUGAAAUUCCGUUGUCCUGCUGGAGGGAACCCAACACCUACAUUACGCUGGUUGAAAAAUGGUAGAGAGUUUAAACAAGAACAUCGGAUAGGUGGCUAUAAGGUUCGAAUGCAACACUGGAGUCUCAUUAUGGAAAGUGUCGUUCCUUCAGAUAAAGGAAAUUAUACAUGCAUUGUGGAAAACAUCCAUGGGUCCAUCAACCACACAUAUCACCUUGAUGUAGUUGAACGGUCACCGCACAGGCCUAUUCUACAGGCUGGCCUUCCUUCAAACACUACAGUCACAGUUGGAGGGGAUGCAGAGUUUCUGUGUAAAGUUUAUAGCGAUGCUCAACCUCACAUACAGUGGCUAAAACACGUGGAAAGGAAUGGGAGCAAGUAUAAAGAAGAUGGGACGCCACACUUUCAGAUUGUGAAGACUGCCGGAGUUAACACUACGGACAAAGAAAUUGAGGUUCUGUAUUUGCGGAAUGUAACUUUUGAGGAUGCUGGGGAAUAUACAUGCUUGGCGGGUAAUUCUAUUGGAAUCUCCCACCAAUCUGCAUGGUUGACCGUACUGCCAGCUUCACUUCAGUCAGCUGCAGGCUUUGACCCCCCUGAAUAUUUGGAGAUCGCCAUUUACUGCAUUGGUGUCUUCAUCAUUUCCUGCAUGGUGGUAACAGUCAUAGUAUGUCGGAUGAAGACAACUGCUAAGAAGUCAGACUUCAGUAGCCAACCCACUGUGCACAAACUGACGAAGAGAAUUCCACUGCGCAGACAGGUAACAGUAGCAGCCAAAAUACCUUAUGUUUCGGCAGACUCCAGCUCAUCCAUGAACUCCAACACGCCACUGGUUCGAAUAACAACACGACUGUCCUCUGCCGUUGAUGCCCCAAUGCUGGCGGGAGUCUCUGAGUAUGAACUACCUGAAGAUCCACGUUGGGAGUUCCCAAGAGAUAAGCUGACUCUGGGUAAACCUCUUGGAGAAGGUUGCUUUGGGCAAGUCGUUAUGGCAGAAGCUGUGGGAAUUGACAAAGACAAACCCAAAGAAGCGGUUGCUGUGGCUGUGAAGAUGUUAAAAGAUGAUGCCACAGAAAAAGACCUGUCGGAUCUGGUUUCAGAAAUGGAAAUGAUGAAAAUGAUUGGAAAACACAAAAAUAUAAUCAAUCUGCUGGGAGCCUGUACACAAGAUGGUCCAUUGUAUGUAUUAGUUGAAUAUGCUGCUAAAGGAAAUUUACGGGAGUACCUGCGUGCACGGCGCCCCCCUGGGAUGGAGUAUUCCUUUGAUAUUAAUAGGGUACCAGAAGAACAGAUGACAUUCAAAGACUUAAUAUCCUGUACAUAUCAAGUAGCAAGAGGCAUGGAGUAUUUAGCAUCACAAAAGUGUAUUCAUCGAGACUUGGCAGCUAGAAAUGUUCUGGUAACAGAAAAUAAUGUGAUGAAAAUUGCAGAUUUUGGGCUGGCGAGAGAUGUACAUAAUAUUGAUUAUUAUAAGAAGACAACAAAUGGACGGCUUCCUGUAAAAUGGAUGGCACCUGAAGCUCUUUUUGAUAGGGUUUAUACUCACCAAAGUGAUGUGUGGUCAUUUGGUGUGUUGAUGUGGGAAAUCUUCACUCUGGGUGGGUCACCAUAUCCAGGAAUUCCAGUAGAAGAACUUUUCAAGCUGCUAAAAGAAGGCCAUAGAAUGGACAAACCAGUCAACUGUACGAAUGAACUGUAUAUGAUGAUGAGAGAUUGCUGGCAUGCUGUCCCUUCUCAGAGGCCAACAUUCAAGCAGUUAGUAGAAGAUCUGGAUCGAAUUCUUACUCUAACAACCAAUGAGGAAUAUUUGGACCUCACUGCACCUCUUGAGCAGUAUUCUCCUGGAUAUCUGGACACAAGGAGCUCUUGUUCUUCAGGGGAUGAUUCUGUUUUUUCCCAUGACCCUAUGUCAGAAGAACCUUGCCUUCCAAAAUUCCAACACAUGAAUGGCACUGUUAAAACAUGAAAGGAAGGAUAUCUGCCAAGAAACUAGACUUCUACAAAAAUUAUGCACAUCACUUUUAUCCAGAAACCUGCUAGACAUUUGUACAUAAUUGAUAUCACGGAAGUUGUACCUGCAGGAAAACGGAUGAAAUUUGUGCAGUAUUAUGCACAACUUAAGCGCUUAAUUUUAAGAAGACUUACAACUUUCACUGAUGGAUUUAAUGACCCAGCCUUGUACAUUAUUCCUUACUGCAAGCAGUAACUGGGCUUUCCUUUCAUUCCAUUUUGAAUGGACCAUACAGACUCAAGGUGAACCAAAGUUCAAAACUGAAGAACUGAAGCCUUUCUUGUUUAUUUUGUAAUAUUGGAAAGAAAUAUAAACCAGCACACUCACUACAGAACACAAAAUGCAGUAUAUAUGUGCUGGAUAUAUUUGUAAAUAUAUUCAAAUAUGUAAAAGUAUAUAUAUAUAUUAUAUAUAUAUUUACAAUGAAUUAUUUUUUGUAUUGAUGUUAAAAAGUUGCCCCAAUGCACAUAGCAAAUUAGUUUUUUUUUGUUGAUAAAGAAAUUUGCAGAUAAAGUUCUUCAGCAGAAUUUCUGCAUUGUUUCACUGCAUUGUUUCACCGCAUACAGGUGGAGUAUUCAUUGCUUUCAGGGAAAACGGUAGCAUGUUAAUUUAUUAACUAAUUGGUUAUGUACAAUUAACCCUUUAUAUGUAAAGCAUAAUUUAAGUCGUAUUUGCAGGCACCAGAGCAAUGGAAGCAUAACAGAAAUGAGAAUACUGAGUAGUGAUACGUUAGGUUGAGUAGUGAUACGUUAGGUUGAGUAGUGAUACGUUAGGUUGAGCAGACUUUGCUAGAUGUGAAAUUUAGCACAAGAUUUGUACAUCUGGAAUUAGUUUCCCUAACCAGAUUUACAGUGUUCAGUGGCUCCCACAAUGUGAAUGUAAUAAAUUAGUUUGCUGAGGUAGGUGAGGUAGAUGGAUUCUAAACAACGAAAUAUUGUUGAACUAACUAACCUAAGUAUUUCCAACUUUAAGUAAAUGUGUGAGUAGUAGUUUCUGUGAUGGUAUUCAAAAUGAGCAGCUGGGCUCUCUUAUUGUUACCUCACUUACACUGUACUACAGGUCAUAGGUUUGUAUCUUGAGUACUGUAGUUAGAGUAGUUCAGCAGUAUACAGUUGUUGCUUGUUUUGUACGUCAGUUAAUACUAAUACUGAAACUGCAUCCUUUGUACUUUGCCACGCCUGUCCCUCUAAAUGUUGAGGGCCAUAAAAUCUUAAUUUUAUAAUUAUUGCUGGACACCUGUGCCUUCAAAGUCCAGUUUAGCACCUUCAAAAUGCCCUGCCAACACUGCCUUUAAUAGAAUAUGUACACAUUACACUAUGUCUUCAGCAAUGACAGAAAGUAUUAAAGUAUUAAAAUCUGUUAAUUUCCUUUUUUACGAGACAAACAUAAAUGUUUCUAAAAGUGUUACUGUGAUAACACAGGCAAAAUAAAUAAUAUGCUUACUUUA